GCCGCAUAUUACAGACAGCCACACUGACAGAUCAAGGCUAGCAUGGCUGAAUCUGGUUCCAUCGAUCCCAUCUCGUCCAAUGGCCGACGCGAGGCUGCCACGCCACUCAUAUUGAAAGGGUCGCUCGCUUGCAGAGACCUUUGCUUCAUUUAUCUCAACAGUUCACGGCUUGCUGUAGCCAUACUAGUAUUUGCAUCACUCCCAACAAAGGCCAAUAUAAGCCCCGUUUGACGUGCCCAACGCGGUGACGGCUGCACGCCGGUCGCUCCACCUGUUUCAUCAUGAAUGCAGUGUGUGGGUCAUCUCGGCGAACGUUGUCCGCGUAUUGCUUGCACACUCGCCAUGGCACGGGAAUGCUUCUUUGGACAGCAUUGAUAGUCGAUACAGUCGCGCGUGAUUUGAGCCGGGUCUUGUUCUCUCAGGAGGAAUAUGGCUGCACAAUCUUCAUACCACCCAGUGUCGAUGAUACAGCCAGAGGGCCGUCAGCCGACGCUGAAGUUGUGG